AUGCUUGAUCAAUGUCUUCAGCUUAUGAGUGUCACAGGCGCAGCAGGAGUUUGCCGACGCAUUAUCAAGAAUGCCAUUCUCUCUUCAAUUGAGCACUUGCUCGUCAGGAGCGUUGGCGAAUACAUGGACGUUAAUGUGGAUGUCAAACAGGAAACUGGUAACUUCACUGGGGAUGCAACUGCGAUGUUCGAAGGCAAGGUCGUACUUUCCAUGAAGCGCGGGAUGCUCUCCUCACAUGGCAGUGAAGGAAAUAUAAGGCCCAUCCCACUUAUGGCUCCGGUUCAAUGGAGGCCUGACAUUGAUUUCCAGCAGCCUCAGAUGUUGCUCCCACACUUCGAGAUGUCCAAAUCCCUAGUGGAGACCCUAGACCAGACGAAUACAAUUGCAGGAAUGCACAUCUUACAGACAGUGAGAAGAUCAAGCAUAUUCAGCCACAAGCCUCGCAUUUAUCCAAGUGGAAGGAUUGGCUUUUGA